CGACGGCAGAGCGUAGAGAGCACACGCGCCGGGCGGCGAUCUACUAGAAGGGCUCUUCCCGCUGGAGACGGCGCUUCCUGGCUGCUGGAGGGGCUUUUCCACGGAGCAAGUGUGCGCCGCUUGUACAGAACAAUGGAGGAAUCCAAGAUUUUAGUGUAGCUAUGAUUGGGUAGGCGCGUCCCCACCCGCUUCACAAAGAAAAAAGAAGCAAAUAACAGCAGAAGCAGGAGUUUGUACUUUUUCGCUAGGCCUUAUUUCAUGCGGCAAACGUGGCUUUCUUUUUUUUAAUAAAAAGUUGCAAAAAUUUAAAAGAAAUUGCCUGUUGCCCUGCGAAUGGCAAUAUUAAGUCCAAUAUAAUCCAUUAUCCCUACAUUGUACGUUAGGGAGGCGGGAACAGAGAUUGAAAGACAACGGCUUACUACAGCCUGCAAUGUAAUUGACCGUUAAUAUUGCACAUUAGAAGUGGGCUUGAGACUGGUUUGAGUUUCCUUCAGAACUCGCCUAUCGAGACAACCCUCCGGUUAUUGCAAAGGUCAUACUAGCUCAGUCGCAACCCUCACAGCUCCCAACCUAAAUCUAGCGUUUAGGUGCAGGUAUAUGCUUUUGUGCUUUUACUUGCACGCAGCCCCAUUGCAGAGUUAAAAUGUUAAACAUUUUGGAUUAAAAUCAUCUUGUGUAAAAUAUUGAGACCUUUCUUAAACAUACAUUUCCCCCCACCAUAUACGAUUUGGGUUUGAGAGGGAAUUAUCCCUAUCGUUGCUGGUGAUACCUGUUGUAGGUGGCACCCGCUGUUGUCAAAAUACAGGCAGGCUAACAAACUUGGAGUUCUUCUUUGUUUUACAUGCGCAGCUCCCGCCUCUGCUCCAGGGAAGACCGAAUGUGGCGUCCAAAGAAACCCGGAAAUCACGAACCUCGUGUGACUCUAAUUAACAGUCUACAGCGCAGUUUGUUGAGGAACUUACGCUUCUAACAGGGUCUCCCAUAGAGAUAUAAAAAUAGAGAAAUAUAUCAUCGUAUGUUUUUCAAUUUAUUGAACACAAAAUGGAUUUGAUUGUCCACAAAAGCUUCCAAUACCAAGUAUUUCGCAUUUUUACUAUAGUUUUCAAGGGACUGAAGAACAGCUUUACUAAUAAUCAAGGCUUAGUGUUACUCUGAAUUUCCUAUUUCUAGGACUCUGAUUUUGCUUAAAGUGUCUUCCUGCUUUCUUUUGCUUGUAGUUACUGCAUGCUCAGCCUUGCCGUUCUCCGGAGCCAUGGGAACGCGAAAGGAUCAUAACUAGCAGGAUAGCAUUCGCACGUGUAACUUAAGCCUUCGUAGCGUGGAACUGAAAACCAACUGCGCAUAGGAUAAGGCCGAAUAAUCAUAUGUGGCCUGACAACGCACAUAUGUCUAGUCACUCCAGAGAAGUUCUGCAAGGUCCACCAAGAUAUCCAAUUGAUCUGUUUCAUACUGGGAAUAUAGUGAAAAUAUGUGCUCCUAUGGUUAGGUAUUCAAAAUUGUCUUUCAGAACUUUAGUCAGGAAAUACAACUGUGAUUUAUGCUAUACUCCAAUGAUAGUUGCAACAGAUUUUGUCAGAUCUGUGAAGGCUAGAAACAGUGAAUUUACAACAAACCAAGGUGAUCACCCUCUGAUUGUUCAGUUUGCUGCUAAAGAAGCACAGGUCCUGGCAGAUGCUGCCCAUAUCAUCAGUCCUUUUGCAGAUGGCAUAGACCUAAACUGUGGCUGUCCACAGAGAUGGGCUAUGACAGAAGGUUAUGGUGCUUGCUUAAUAAAUAAACCAGAACUGGUGCAAGAGAUGGUGAGACUAGUAAGAAAUCAAGUGGAAAACCCCAUGUUUACAGUUUCCAUUAAAAUAAGAAUUCAUGAUGACUUAAAGAGAACUGUAGACCUUUGUCAAAAAGCAGAAGCAGCUGGAGUAUCCUGGAUUACUGUCCAUGGGAGAAAUGUAGAGGAAAGACACCAGCCAGUACACUAUGAUGCAAUUAAAAUAAUUAAACAAAGCAUGUCUAUACCAGUUGUAGCCAAUGGGGAUAUGAAAUCUUUAAAAGAUGUGGAGGACAUUCAUCAAAUAACAGGAGCAGAUGGUAAGCCUACUUCUUGGAUGACGUUUCAGUGGACGGCAGUUGCAACCUUUCUGUAUGCUGAAAUAGCAAUAUUGUUGUUACUUUGCCUACCAGUUAUUUCUCCUCUGAGAUGGCAGAAGAUUUUUAUGAUCUCUAUAUGGAAUAAAAUAGCAAAUUAUUGGAACAAGGCAUUCCUUGCAAUUAUAAUUCUGUUAAUUGUUUUAUUUCUUGAUGCAGUACGAGAAGUGAGGAAGUAUUCAAAUGUUCAGUUAAGUGAAAAAACUACAAAUGCAAACACCAGUGCAUUGGAACAUAUUCAAAUGAAACUUUUUAGAUCGCAACGAAACCUUUAUAUCUCAGGAUUCUCCCUUUUUCUUUGGCUUGUACUAAGACGUACCAUUUCCCUUAUCACUUUGUUGGCAAAAGAGAUGAGAACCCAGGAAACUCAGCAAAUGGAAGUAGCAAAUAUCAAUGACGUUGCCAAGAAGUCCUUAGAAGAGAAUGAAAAUUUGCAGCGAUUCCUCAAGAGAAAAAAAAGUGGUGACGGUGAAGAGUUCUUUGACAUAAACAAAAAACUGAAAGAAGAAGUAGAAAAACUGAAAGCAGAAUUAAACAAAAAUUCAAAUGCUCUGAACAAAACAAGAAAUGAAAUUACAGCAGUUAAGAAGCAGUGUGAAGACCUUAAGAAAGAAUAUGAUAACCUUACAGAAGAACACAAAAAGCUGCAGGGCUGUGCAGAUGAAGAACAUUAUAAGAAAUACCAAUAAAUCCAGUUUGGGGCCAUCGGCUUUAAUAAAACUGCAUCAACAUGAAUUGUCAAUUGUUCCUAUCUUUAUCCUCCAAAGAUAUAUGAAACAGUUUAUUUUCUUCCCAGGAAAUGCACUGACUUAAUUGUUAAAAUCUAUAGUUUUCAAUUGCCAAGCAUUUUAUUUUGCAAUGAAAAUUGUGACCAGAAUGAAAGUCCUACUUCAGUUGUGCCUAAGGCCCAGUGGAACUGUUGCCUCUUUUUGUGUAAAUGGCAGAUUCUUACUCCACUGAGUUACAAAAAGUAAUGGAAUGAUUCAUAAGUUGCUGUUCUUCAGAAAUCCUAAGACCACAUCUCCUCUGGGCAUACAGAACUAUUUGUAUGGUUUAUUGGAUUUAAACCAAUAAGUGAUACGUUGGGAGUAUAUUCUGAAUUGUAUAAGAAAAAACAGAAUAGCAUUUUUAAAUGGAAAUUUCCAUUCAACUCCUAUCCAGUAUAAAUUAAAAAACAGUUGAAUGACUGCCUAUCACCUAUUGCUUGUAAUGUUAGGGAAGACCAUAUAAAUUAUACCAAGCUGUAAAAUUAUGGUGAAUUAAUCUACCUUUCUGGAGAUAAUCAGGAAAGUCAUUACACUUGGUCAGUAGAAAAAAACAUAGUGGAAUAGGUUUUAACCAUGUGGUCAAGAUAAUUUGACAAUAAGUGUUAAAGAAAUUUUAAGGACACUGUGCAUUGAACUGUGUAAAUAUGCGUGGUUUUCAGUUUUCCUUGCCAGAUUUUCACUGUAGCUCAUUAUUUUUGUUUACAUGUAUUCAAGAACUUGUAUAUGUUAUGUGCCAUUGUGUUUUCUUCAGUACUGUAUGUAGAUAAUACAUCUAAAAUUUUUAUAACAUAACUUACAAAACAAGUUUUUAAGGGUUAAUUAUGAUUAUAUAGCAUUUAUGUUGAACUGGAUUGCAGGCACACCGCUCCACAAACAAAGGGAAGUAGAAUCCAGCAUAAGUCUCUUUUUUGCCAAGUCGUUUGCUCCUCUGCAACCCUCCACAUCAGUGCCCAUACUGAUCUAGAAGGCCUCCUAGUAUUCUAGCUUUUCAGGGCACUGCAGUAAAGAGGAUGAAGUGGUAGAAAUCACUGCUCCAUUGCCUUCUUCCAUAACCUGUAGAACACUGCUGAGCACAAGUCUGAAUCCAGCCCAUUGUUUUCCAAAAAUCUUCAGUGAUUGGAAUUGAAAGUAUAUUGUUCAUUUAGUUGGUUGGCUGGUUUUUAUUUUUGCAUUGGUUCAUAUCAUACUUGAUUGCUUUGUUAAUAAAAAGAUUGUUUAAGCUUA